CCACAUCCAGGAUCAAGCUGCAAGCUGCAAAGCCCGUUUCAGAAAGCACUUCCUGAAAGAGACAGAGCAACGAUUAGAGCUCAGCAGUGCCAACUCCUCCAGCAAGCCGGAGCUACAUUCAAAACAGCCUUUAACGCAACAAAAGUGGGUACACCGGAAAAUGGUCACUUCUAAGACAACGCUUUGAUGGAAGAAGCCUCUAAGUAUCAUGCCUACCAACAAGCUAUAAGAUGACUACUCCAAGCAAUCAAGAUCAACCCAUCCCUUCUAAUAGCUCACACCCAGACGAAUACAAAAUCGCGGCUCUUGUCUUCUACAGCUGUAUAUUCCUGGUUGGAUUAUUUGUUAAUGUUACUGCCUUAUGGGUUUUCAGUUGUACCACCAAGAAGAGAACUACUGUAACCAUCUAUAUGAUGAAUGUGGCACUACUGGACUUAAUAUUUAUAAUAAGUCUACCCUUCCGAAUGUUCUACUAUGCAAAAGGUGAAUGGCCAUUUGGAGAGUACUUCUGCCACAUUCUCGGGGUUCUUGUAGUGUUUUACCCAAGCGCUGCUCUCUGGCUUCUUGCUUUUAUCAGUGCCGACAGAUACAUGGCCAUCGUACAGCCGAAAUAUGCCAAAGAACUUAAAAAAACAUACAAGGCCUUGCUUGCCUGUGUAGGAGUGUGGAUAAUGACCCUGACAACCACUGUCCCUCUGCUGCUCCUCUACGAAGACCCAGAUAAAGCCUCCUCCCCUGCCACCUGCCUAAAGAUCUCUGACAUCAUUCACUUCAAAGCCGUCAAUGUGCUGAACUUCACUCGACUGAUAUUCUUCUUCCUGAUCCCUGUGUUCAUCAUGAUUGGGUGCUACUUGGUCAUCAUUCACAGUCUCCUCCAUGGCAAGACAUCUAAGCUGAAACCCAAGGUCAAGGAGAAGUCCAUAAGAAUCAUCAUCACACUCCUGGUGCAGGUGCUCAUUUGCUUCCUGCCCUUCCACAUCUGCUUUGCCUUCCUGAUGCUGGGUGGGGAAGAGAACAGCUACAGCCCUUGGGGAGCCUUCACCACCUUCCUCAUGAACCUCAGCACCUGUCUGGAUAUGAUCCUCUACUACAUUGUUUCCAAACAAUUUCAGGCUCGGGUCAUUAGCGUCAUGCUGUACCGCAAUUACCUCCGGAGUGUGCGUAGAAAAAGCUUCCGAUCUGGGAGUUUACGGUCACUUAGCAAUGUGAAUAGUGAAAUGUUAUAAAUGACGUGAAUUUUCUUCAAUCUCUUUAAAAUUCAUUUUUCUUUAAAAUUCAUUUUCCUAACCACUCUAGGACCAAUGGAUAUUCUACAUAAUAUUAUCAAGUCCCCUCUCUGCUAAAAGAAAAGAAAAAAACUUUUAAGAACUCUUUUGUGCAAUCUUAUUGUGGCAAUACAAUUACACAUUCUAAUUUUUUAUUUUCAAACUUGUAUAAAACAUUUUUGUGAAUUAUUGGGGAAAAAACACCCACACUGGCAUUUCACAGUCAAGCCUUAUCUACACAGAUAAUAAAUAUUUUUUUAAUUA